CCCAUCCAUUGCUCUGAUCCAUUCCAGAAUCCAAAGCCGUGAUCCAUUUCAGAGCCGUAUAUCCAGAGCCAUAUCCAUUCGAUCCAUCUAUCCAGUUUCCUCACUGGGUUCGAGAGUUCUUGACUUGAAAACGACGCGCUUACAACGUUUGUUUGAGCGGUACGAUUAGCUUUUCGCGCAUACAUUCAUUCGCCGCAUAUCGAAGCUUUCGAGUCGCGAUGUUUCGUGACGAGGAGAUCCCGUUCGCAUUUGAGGCCGAUCGCUGGUUUCGAGGUCCCCCCGACGUUGCGAACCUUUGCCAUGACCAUGUGUGGCCCUACCUACGGAGGGACAAGGCGUCGUUGCGCCCAGUGCAUUUCGGAUGGACCAUGAAAGAUGCAGGGCACGUGAAGGACGUGAUGUGGAACUGGCCAGCAGACUCGAACAUGUGUCUUGUUCGGUCCAUCGUUCUUUCUUGGAAUAAGGGUAUUCCCUACACCGUGACCGCGUGGUUCAACUGGAGGACCGGCUCGGUGGAGGGUGCCGAUUGCGGGUGCAAAGAUGGCAAAAGCCAGAGAUGCCGACAUGUUGCAGCAUUGCUUCUGAAAGCACAAGAAAUCUGCAGUGGCAAUAGGACCUUUUGCGCUGACGACGCACCCGGUGCUGGGAUCGCACCAUCUGAAGCGGAAAAGCCUGCUGCUUCGGUGCCACAGGUCUCGGUUGACGAGCCUGGGACUGAGAGGAGGGACCUCCGCUCCUUCGACCCCUGCGAGUCGGUUCCUCCUGCAUCGUCCACAGAAUUGGAGAAACUGAGGGCGGCGCUAAUGGCGACAGCUCCUGACAUCCUCUGGCUGAGGUAUGCUGGUGGUGCACGCCAGCCAGCGCCAGCCGCGCCCUCGUUGCCCAUCAACGACGUCGAAGACCCCUGAAAAGCUGGUGCCUUGAACGUCGUGCUCGCAUUCCUUCCUUCAUCUAAAAUAGAGGAUCGGGGCAUUGCGCCUGGUUGCAAUCAGGCUGCCGUGCCCAGGUUGCACCGGAUCCGCAGAAUCCGCAAUCUGUGAAUUUUUUUUUUUUUU